GGAUACACAGCAGGUCCACUUACCCCGCCGCAAACAACAACAUCAGAAUUUCACAGAAAUUUCUGUUUACUACGGUUAUUGAUGCGCCUCUUUUUCGCGCACCUCUUUUCUGAACAUGAACAUGAACAUGCAAAUAAUAAACACGUCGAAUUCUCGAAUUUAAUAAUUAAAAUCACACGUUGAUAAGGUUUCACUUUCAAAUUACGUUUUAAAAAUGAAAUGAUUUAUUUAUUUCGAUAUUAUUUAUUAUUAAUAAUUUUGGUUAUGCCUGGUAGACUGUAUAAUUGUUAUGUUUGCGGAAGUUACACUUCGCAAACAUUUUCGUAAGUUUUUUACCACUGAUCUAAUUCUCAUGUACUUACAUAUUUUAGUACAUAUAAAAAUGCAUUGUUAAAAGACGAAAAUUUUCCUUAUACCUGCCUAUAUUGAGUUUUUAAAAAAAAAAGUUUUGGGCUCAAACGGUUAAGCAAUAUUUAUUUUUAUGAACAUAGGUACAUCAUAUUAUUCAGUAGUUGUUCAAAAAUACAUAUCUAAUCACUGUCACUAUCCGUCUUUGGAAAAGUAGGGUCCCAAAUUCCAGGUGGGGUUUGGGACCUAACAAACUUGAAACGAUGUCUACAGGACUGAUCCACUAUUUUUCGAUAUUCUUCUUCCGAGUAUUUCUUUUUCAAAUUAUCAAAAAAAGGCUUACAGUUGUAACAUGGUUGCCCUGGAAGUCUCCAACGUUCUGAUUUCUUUGGGAUUCUGUCCCUAAGAUAUGCAUACUUAGGCUCAGGUUGUUCUGGAGGCGCAUAAUCGAAUGAAUCUUCAUCAAAAUUUUCUGGUUUAUUCUCCUUUUCAUCUUGAGAGCUUCUAAGUUUUUUCUUUGAGUUCACACUGUGUGAUGACUUUUUCCUUUUCUUCUCGGAGUUCUCGUCAGUCUUCACAUAACCACCACUAAUAUUUUCCAUUAUUUUUACUUUUUAAUACCAAAAAUAUUUCAAAUUUCACACGUUAUUGGAGCAUGUAGCUUUUUUACUGAAAACAGCAUUACAUAAUGAUAUUUAACACAUAUUUAUGGAAAAUUGGCCUAUAAUUUUUGAAAAAUCCAAAACGUCUAUAAUUUAAUUAUUUUUUUUUUUUUUAUAAAUUCGGACGAUAAAAUCAAGUUUUUGGAUAAUUUUUAAAAAAAGUUUUUCAGCAAUUUUGCUGGCAGGCAAGAUUUUUGAACAGUUGAAUUGGCGAUCACAAACAGUAAAUCUUUACCAUUGCAUUUUUAUAUUUGUCACAUUAUUUUGCAGAAUUCUAUGUUCACAAAUUCAUUUUACAGUUUCCCUGAGAAUGAUGAUAGAAGAGCUCAAUGGGCUCAAAUUUUGGGAAUUGAUUUUGAUCGUGUGUUUCCAAAUGAUAGAUUAUGCUCGAUGCACUUUAGAAGUCAGGAUAUUAAGCCUGCAAAAACUUCCAAAAAUCGAACCAAACUAAAACACAAUUGUACUCCGAUCAGUUUUUCUGGUAAUAUUAAUGAAGAUGAAUCUGAGAUCCCUAUGAGUGAUGUUGAAUUUGCAGCAGAAAAUAUAAAUACUGCUGGUGAUUCUGAUUAUAAUGAAAAUGUGACUGUGAUAUCCAACGUUUUAGAUUCCAGUACCAAUACCAAUACCCCUAUUAUUGAUGUCGAAUUUGCUGGAGAAGCUAUGAACACUGAUGGUGAUUUUUCAGAAAAUGAGCAACAAUUAUCAAAUUCUUCUCUUAAUAAUGCCAAUGAUGGUAACGAAGCAACAUCCUAUGUUUCAAAUUCUGAUUCUGAACCCACCACAAACAACGUAGAACUUGGUGCUGGCAGUGCCACACCACAAACUCCUCGGACAACGGAAAGGCCCAUACGUCAAAGAUAUCUUGGAGAUUUUUUAUCUCCGCAUAUGAAAUCUCCAAGAGUAGCAAGGAGGUUUUUCUACUUGGCGAAGGAGGAGUCGCGGCGGCAUAAAAAAAAAAUUCAUGCACUGCGAAGACAAAAUUUGUAUCUUAAGAAAAAAAUUAAAAAUAUGGAGGAUCUACUUGACCAUCUGAAAAAAAGCGAUUACAUUUCAGAGGCAGCAUAUCACCAUUUAUUGUCCACUGUACCGGAAAAUGUAAGAACUCUUGUAGACGCUUGCCUCACAAGUAAGAAGCCGCUGAAAUACGAUGAAAACAUACGCCAGUUUGCAGUUACAUUAUAUUUCUACAGCACAAAAGGAUACGCAUUCGUUAGAAAGGCAUGGAAAAAUAUGCUACCCGCAGAAUCCACUAUUCAAGCAUGGUUACGAGUUGUUAAUGGAGAACCAGGCUUCACCCAGGAAGCUUUUGAUGCAUUGAAAAAUCGAUCCGAUCAUAUAAAAGCUCCCUUACCAGUCAAUCUUGUCAUAGAUGAAAUGAGUAUUCGCCAACGUGUUGGUAUGGGUAACGAUGGCGUUGUAUUUGGAGCCGUCAAUUUGGGAAGUAAUAUGGUGAUCGAUGCGGAUACUGAAGAUAUUCCUAAAGCUAAAAAUGCAUUAGUGUUCAUGGUCGUGUCUUUAAAAACGAAAUUCAAGGUACCUGUAGGGUACUUCCUUAUUGAUGGCAUGACUGGAAAAGAACGCGCACAUCUCCUCAACAUGUGUCUAGAAAUGUUGCAUGACGCCAACACUCAUGUAAUGAGUGUUACUUUUGAUGGUGCGUAUGUCAAUUUCACCAUGUGUGAAGAAUUGGGAGCAAAUUUCAAACACGGCACGCCUCAAUUCAAGCCAUAUUUUCCUCAUCCAGUCACUAAAAAACCUGUGUACGUGUAUCCAGAUCCGAGCCACAAUAUAAAAAACAUCCGAAAUGCAUUUGCCGAAUAUGGUCCGUUGAAAAACAACAAGGGUGAAGAUAUUUGCUGGAAAUUCGUUCCUUUGCUGUACCAAUUGCAAACAGCUUCAGGGCUGCAUUUCGGAAACAAAAUUAGAAAAAAACACAUUGAUUUUUCAAAUACGAAGAUGAAAGUAAAACUGGCUACUCAAGUAUUGAGUGAAUCCGUUCACGACAGCUUGGAGCAUCUAAAAAGUGAGGGAUUUGAAGAAUUUCAAGGAAGCUCACCUACUGCUGAAUUUUGCAAAAAAUUUGAUGAAACCUUCGAUUUAUUAAACUGCAGAGAAAAAAACAAUUUUAAAAACAAGUUCUGCAAACCCCUGAAAACUGAAAUCAACGAUGAGAAUCUAAUAACGAAGAAAUCCAAAGCUGAGGAGCUGAAACAGUACAUUAUCAGCUUGAAAACCAGCCAAGGCACAUCCGUUAUGACAUGUAGUAGGAAAACUGGAUUUCUAGGGCUGGUUAUUUGCUUGGAGAACUUGUUUAAAAUUUAUGAAGCUUUAAAAACGUUACCUGACCACAAACAAGAUUACCUUUUAUCGUUCAAACUUAGUCAAGAUCAUUUAGAAAACUUUUUUUCGGCAGUAAGAAGAAAGAAUGGCUGGAAUAACAAUCCCGAUGCAUUACAGUUCAAAGGCGCUUAUCGGCAACUACUUGUUCGACAUGAAAUUGAAAGCUCAAAUCGUGCAAAUUGUGAAAAAGACGACGUUCCUAUUUUAAGUGCUUCCAGUCGCCGAAAAAAGAAAAAAAUUACUCCAUGCAAUGAAACACCAGCAGUUUUGCCUUCUCGUGAACCUGCAGUUGUUCAGCUUUCUCACGAACUUGCAAUUGCUGGACCUUCUCGUGACCCUGCAGUUGCUGGGCCUUCUCACAAACCUGCAAACACAUCAUUGUUAGAAUUCGAUACCUCCGAUGACGAAUUGGCAGCAUAUACAUCAGAUGCGGAUAUGAAUGAUUAUUCUUCAGAUAUCAGUGACCAUGAAGAAAAUGAACUAGUAACUGUAUAUCAAGACUUUGAGGACGAAAUUGAUUCACGAAUCGUUAAGGCUGUCAAAAUAAUUGUGCCUCAUAUUGCCGGUUUUGUUAUCAAGAGUAUUUUGAACAAAAAUGACUGUGGAAAUUGCAACCUGUCUCUCGUAAACAAGAAUCCUUCGCCGAAUACUUUAACUUCACGGAAAUCAAAAGGUCGUCUGGUACAUCCAUCGGAGAAUGUAAUGCAAUUGUGUCUCUCCACAGAGAUAGCUUUUCGGAAUAACGUAAAUGGAAUUUUCAAAAUGUCAUUUGAUGAAUCUGUAAAACAAACGGCUUUAAUGCAAUAUUUUAACAUCGGGUGUGAUAACAACGAUCAUUGCAACAAACUAAAAAAUAAUAUUGUAAAUAAGUAUGUAACGUUAAGAAAGCAUCACGAAUUCGAGCAAAUUAACGACGAUUCAAGUACGUCAGUGCGACAAAAGUUUACUAAACUGAUUCUUUUCAAGAAUCAAUAGCUCGCUAAUGUAAAAUCAAAUAAAUUAUUAUACUCUUACUUAUCAAAAUAAUUGAAAUUAUCGCUGAAAUCCUUCGUAGACCUACGUAUUCAUUAAUUGAAACCUGAAAAAAAGAAUAUAUCACAAAGUAAACUAGUUCUUUUUGCAAUUAAUAAUAAAACUGAAGAAUCUUAAAUACUUAUCUGAUGACAAUAAUGUUGUUUCUGAUCGGCAAUUACCAUCGAUGAUGGCGAUUACAAACAGUGGAACUUCAUAAAUGGUACUAAUAGAACUUCAUUGCAAUAAUUAAAGUCUCAAGUUCGAUUUAUUCAAAAUUAUUUACAUAUACAAAUUAUAUUUCAACGAAAACACUUGAAAUUAUAGUCAUUUUGAAAUUACAAUCUGUUGAAAAUGUUA